AUGGAAGAGGACUACCCUGUGAGUUUGGCUGUUGAACUGGCGCCGGAGAAUGGCUCAUUGCUGUUACCCGGCAGCAUCACCAUCACCCGCACAACUCUCUCUGUAUUUAAAAUAUGUGAUAUGAACGAUGAGGAGCCACUUUUCAUUGGUGUUUGCUCUGUGCCACUUCUUCGCUUUGCCCGACAACGCAGUGAAGUCUUUCGAUCCUCCAAUGCACUUCUGUUGAUGAGUCUCUCGGAUCAUCUCUUCAUCAACGCCGCCCUCAGUGCCGGCAUUGCCCCACUGAAGACUACAGGCGGCAGCACCGCCACCUCCCGCUCCACCUCCACUGGACUGUACACGCGAACACCAAAGGAUGAUCGGCAGGUGGAUAAAAUGCAGCAACUCGACAGUCCUUCAACAUGGACACGACUGCGAUUGGAGUUUCCAAAACCAGAAGAUUGUGAUCGUUGCAUGGAGGCACUUCUCGCCCGUAAUGCGGAGAACGCCACAUCCGAGUUGAAUUCCAUAAAUCCACUUGGAGGUACACCAUCUGUUACUUCGCGAACAGAAGAAGUUUUGCAUAAACCACGAUCUCAUCGCGAGAGUGCAUCUGUUUCCAGUAUUGCAAGUCUCGGCAGCCGAAACCGUGAUGGAGCAGUAAAUGCAGUAGAUCAGCAAAGUGAUAUUAUGCACAGCUGCCGCAGUUUACCUGGUGGGGAUGAAAUAUCACCCACUGCCUCCAAUAUCCAACGUUCUUUAAGAAAAUCGCCAAGUUUUCCAAUAAACAGCAGAAGAGAACUGGAAACCCAAAGUGAUGCAAAUACCCCACGCAAUGUUCAACAAGCUCGUGGUAUCACUGGGGCUGGUUCAAAUCGUCCAGAGGAGAGUCAACGAGAGAUCCUCACAUUGGAUAAAUCAGUUGAUAAUCCUGGUACACCCCGCAGCAGCCAUCACAGCCGUGGACUUCCUGCACGCAGUAAUCCCACCGAUAGUCGACGGGAAUUGGAAUCAGCAAGUGGGGCACGUACACCCCGCAGCCUUCGUGAAAGCCAAAAUGAUCGUUUUGCCGCUUUUCGAAUCCAAGACAGUGAAAAGGGGUCGGGAACACCACGUGAAUCUCAAGAUGGACGACACACACCCCGCAGCAGCCAUCACAGCCGUGGACUUCCUGCACGCAGCAAUCCCACCGAUAGUCGACGGGAAUUGGAAUCAGCAAGUGGAGCACGUACACCACGCAGCCUUCGUGAAAGCCGCAAUUCUCCUAUUCCUCCUCCAGCCUCUACAUCCGCUGCCACAGCUCCCGCUGCUGCUGCUGCUGCCGCCGCUGCUGGAACCGCCUCCACCCACUCCUUUUCCUCCAGACCACAUGAGAGUAAACGUGAGGUGCUAACACCGCAUGAAUCCCAAGAUGGACGAAAUACACCCCGUAGCAGCCAUCACAGCCGUGGACUUCCUGCACGCAGUAAUCCUACCGAUAGUCGACGGGAACAAGAAGUCGCAAGUGGAUUGCGUACACCACGCAGCCUUCGUGAAAGCCAAAAUGAUCGUUAUGAUGCUUUUCGAGUACAAGACAGUGAACGAGGGGCUGGAACACCACGUGAAUCUCAAGAUGGACGAAAUACACCCCGCAGCAGCCAUCACAGCCGUGGACUUCCUGCUCGCAGUAAUCCCACCGAUAGUCGACGGGAAUUGGAAUCAGCAAGUGGAGCACGUACACCACGCAGCCUUCGUGAAAGCCAAAAUGAUCGUUUUGCUGACCUUCGAGUACAAGACAGUGAACGAGGGGCUGGAACACCACGUGAAUCUCAAGAUGGACGAAAUACACCCCGCAGCAGCCAUCACAGCCGUGGACUUCCUGCUCGCAGUAAUCCCACCGAUAGUCGACGGGAAUUGGAAUCAGCAAGUGGAGCACGUACACCACGCAGCCUUCGUGAAAGCCAAAAUGAUCGUUUUGCUGACCUUCGAGUACAAGACAGUGAACGAGGGGCUGGAACACCACGUGAAUCUCAAGAUGGACGAAAUACACCCCGCAGCAGCCAUCACAGCCGUGGACUUCCUGCUCGCAGUAAUCCCACCGAUAGUCGACGGGAAUUGGAUACAGCAAGUGGAGCACGUACACCUAAAGGAUCUACACGAGAUGGUGGACGUGGUACCCCACGAGAUCCUCUUGGGGUAAACAAAGCCAUGAAUGAAAAUAUGACUCGUGAAGUGCCUACUGCGUCUGGUCCGGCACGUUAUAAUGGACGUGAUGUGGAUGCAGAACGAGAGUUAUAUGUCAACAGCCAACCACACUCAUAUGCUGGAGACAGAAUUUCUGCGGCAAACACACAGCGAUCGGGUAAAAAUCGUACAGAGUAUCAGUAUCUUUUACGUAAUGUGAUGAAACUUAUGCACCAUCGUCUACAUUUUAUGCAGUAUCUACAUAAGGAGUUGGUUCACGAGGCAUACCUUGUGGAGGAAGCUAAACUCCUUGGCCCUCGUGCACGUGGUGGUUCUCGCAGUGCCUCUAUGAGUCGUUCUUUCAGUCGACCGACGAGUGCCGUCUCCCCACGUUCCCCACGUCGUACACUUCACUCAAGUGUUGCGGAGGAAUCUUCACGUUUGCGUGAAAUUGAGGAACGUCUGCGUGCGGUGGAGGAACUUCAUCGUGAGGCGGAACUUGACCGUCGUGAGGCGGAGCGUACCCGACGAGAUGUGGAACGAGAGAAGAGUGAAUUGGAUCGUGAGAGACGUGAAUUGGAUCGUCUGCGUCGUGAAACGGAAGAAAAGUUGGAGUCUAUUACUCGUCGAUCCGCAGGACAAUCAACUCAACCCUCACCUUCGCGUGGUGCGUCUGAGAUGAAAGAAUUUAAUUCUAUUCGCAGUCUUCAUGCACAAGGAUCUGGGAUUACUGGUGAGAAUCAUAUAAACCAUAAGAAUGGUGAUAAAGGAGGAGCGAGAAGAAGUGAAUCUCUUAACAAGUACCCUAUGAGUGAUCUUGUCCAUCCAUUAAAUCAAAGUAAACCACAAGGAAGUGAUGUUUCUCAAGGAAGCAGAUAUUCUAAUCCAAUGGUUGGAAAUGGACAAGUUGCACUUGCACCACGUCCAAAUCAACAACAACUUCAGGUUCAUCAACCUACUCCUCCUGUUCCUGCUCCUUCUACAGAGGUGGAAUAUUCUACUGCUAUUCUGGAUCGAUACAUUUAUGGAGAUGAAUGGCAUCUACUUUACCCUGGACGUGAAGCGGAUGUACGUUUUAACGCAUUGAUAGAUGUUUGUUUAACACUGAAACUUCCACGUCGUCUUGUGACUAUUACGAGUGUUUCAGUUGAUCAACCAGGAUUACGUGUUACUGCGGAAAUAUACCACAAUCGUGAUAGUUUACCACGUGAAGUACUGGAACGUCGUUUCAGUACUCAGCCAUUUUAUUUCUUACAACGAUUCUAUGAACUUCGUCACUAUAUUAAUGGUGAGGAUACUUCUGUGAAUCCAGCUUUAAGAGGAGGUCGUCAUGGAUCUCGUAUUGGUUCAAGAGGAGUAUCCCCUCGUGUUGCCAACCGAAGUUCUUCAUCUUACUUACGUGGAUUAGAGGAUGAUAUUGUGGCACUUGGAAGUGAAGAUGAAACGAACCCAGACAGUUUGUUAAUGGGUCCAGAUGAUCGAACACGUGAUAUUCUUCGACGCAAUGAUGAAAGAGGUAAACAACGUGAACGAGAAUUAUUAUAUGAAAGGGAAAGAAGACAUAUGGCUAUGCAAUUGGAACGUCUACAACAGCAAUUGGAUCGAUUGGAGGAGAAUGAAGCCUACAGACGCAGUAGAAUUGUACUGGCGGAAGCUCAAGAAAGACAAAAUAUGGUAUUUGAUGGAGAUCUUAAUCAUCGUCAUACCUUUGCCAUGUCUAAACAAGCAUUGGAAGAGAAGGAACACCUUGAACGUGCUAUGGUGGAAGUUGGUUAUGCCCGACAAUCACAGGCUAUUGCUCAAGCACAACGUCGUAAUUUGGCUAUUGUACGUAUGUUGGUAAUGGAGAAGGAACGUCGGGCUCGUAUUAUGGAACAGGAACAAGAAGAGAUUCUUGUUUUGGAUCUUGUUAUGAAUCCACUUCGUCAUUUCAAGACAGCAUCACAACCGGAAGUAGAUGAACGAAUGCGACGACAACGCCUUAUUGAAGCCGAAGCCAAACAAAGAGCCCAUAUUUAUGCUAAUAUUAAUGGUUUUAUUGUUGAAGCUUUACAAGAUGAGAUGGAGGCUCUCGUGGGUGAUGAAAUGACUGUACGUAUGAUGAUUACAGCAGAUGAAAUGAAGGAGCGGAUAGAUCUUGUCUGCGGCAGUAAAGCACCGUUGGAUGCUCAAUCACGAUCCCGUGGUGCUGCUAUUACUCCAGAGACUUGGGCAGCUUUACUGAAUGAAGAAGCAAUGGAGCGUGAACAACUUUGCAAUGAUGAAGAACGUCGUCGUCGUCUCUUCCAGCGUGAGUAUAUUGUCACGACAGAGGAUGUGACCCGUAAUGAGAUUGAAUUAAAUGAGUUGGAUGAACAUAUUGCGAUGUUAGAUGAUAUUGUACAACAAAACCGUGCCAUGUUGGAGCGACGUCGUCAGGAACGUAAUCAUCUUGUAAAGUUAACAAAUGAAGAGCAAUUCUAUCGUAAAGGUAUUCUCACAGAUGAACAGGAUGCAUGGGAGAUGUUUAUGGAAUUGUUUGACUCGGAACUUCAUGAUGUGUUACUCGCUGAGAAUGCCCGACUUUCACCGGCGCCGGAUCUCGAAAGUCCACAACGCCGUCGCCGCACAACUAUUGGCACUCCGCGGCAAACAAAGCCAUUCCAUUACAUGACCUUCGCCUUAGAAGAUAUGGAACACGGCCCAACAGCGGCAUUGGCGAUUGAAGGUAUUCUCGGCUGCAGUAUUAAUAAGAAUCUCGAGGUGACGAGUAUUGCCCGUCCACUGCCAAAGGUGGAAGAGGAGGAAUUGCAAUUCCAGGCGGGAGAUAUGAUUCUGGAUGUGGCUGGAUUCUCCCUACACUCCCUUUCACAUCUGCGGGAGGUGUUGGGCAAUCGCGCUAUGCAGAUUCAACACGAGGCGCGUGUGGAGUUCCCAGAUGUGCCGGAGGAGGAACUCACUGUGAAUCCCGCACUGCAGAAGUAUGUGGAGGUUCUCUGUGAACAUCACAACUUUCUUGUGCAGGUCUUGCGUGGAUGUGAUAUCUUCCAAAUCAUUGUCAAAUCAUAG